AUUAUUUAGUGUUAUAGAUGUAAAACUAUAUUUUGAUAAGGAAUGAUCGACUAUAGAGUAUAUUACAAUGGUAGGGUUGUAAUUUCGGAAAAAAAACAUUUGGAAAUUGCAAAGAUGGGAAUAAUUUCGAUUUUGCAGGAAAUUUUUAUUGAGCAGGAGACCCUUGACAAUUAAGAAGUUUGCAUGAAUGAACGAUCCCGAAGUGAAGAUCCACGAUGUUUGGGCGAACAACCUGGAGGAAGAGUUCAAACGAAUACGGGAUACAGUCAAAGAUUACCCAUUUGUUGCAAUGGAUACGGAAUUUCCUGGUGUAGUUGCUACACCUUUGGGUCAAUUCAAAAGUAAAGAGGAUUUCAACUAUCAACAGGUUUCCUGCAAUGUAAAUAUGUUAAAACUUAUCCAGGUUGGAUUCGCUUUGUUGGAUAAAGAAGGUAAUAUGCCAUCGACGGGUGAUGUAUGGCAGUUUAACUUUCAGUUUUCCUUAAAUGACGAUAUGUAUUCGCAAGAUAGUGUCGAUUUAUUACGUAAUGCUGGCAUAGAUUUUGGACGACACCAGAUUGAAGGAAUACGGAUGGCAGAUUUUGGUGAACUACUUACGACAUCAGGUUUAAUUGUUGAUGAACAUAUCACCUGGUUAACAUUUCAUAGUGGUUAUGAUUUCGGAUAUCUCAUGCGUUCUAUUCUGCUUUCGGAAUUACCCAAAGAAGAAUCACAGUUCUUUCAAUAUCACCGAAAACUUUUUCCAUGUAGUUAUGAUCUAAAAAUGCUAUUAAAGCACCCAGGUUUGGUGAAUGCAAAACUGAGAGGCGGUUUACAAGAGCUUGCUGAUCAGCUAAAAGUAAUUCGAAAAGGACAGCAACAUCAAGCAGGUUCUGACUCAUUACUCACUGCACAAACAUUCUUCAAAAUUAAAGAGCGGUUUUUUGAGGGUACUUGGGAUCAGGUCGCGCCAACAGUCGAAGGACAUUUGUAUGGUCUCGGGAAUACGCUCUCAUCCAGUGCACCAUUUGUGCAGAUAGACUCAUCAACCCCCGAACCACAACAAUCGUCGACACCAGAAGCACCAUGAUAACUUUUUUACUGAAAUUGUUAAGAUAUUGGCUUUAAGAUUCUUCUUUGGAAACUUGUCGAAUUGCAAUGUUUGUUUACAAAUGUAAAUAACGCGUUGUUUACUUAUUAGAUUUUAAAAAGAAAAAAUUUAUAUACUUC